AUGAGUCAACGACAGAUCGUUCAAGUUUUUGAGCAGUACCAGAAAUCCAGGAUGCAGUUCGUGCAGACUGUAGCUGAUCUGGCAGCCAGACCACAGAACAUAGAAAUCCUCAGAAAUGCAGGCGUCAUGUCCAUGCUGCGUCCCUUGCUGCUGGACGUGGUUCCCAGCGUCCAGCAGACUGCAGCCCUGGCUCUGGGUCGCCUGGCGGACCACAGCGACGACCUGGCCGAGGCCGUGGUGAAGGAGGACAUCCUGCCUCAGCUGGUCCAGUCUCUGGCCUCGCAGAAUAGGUUCUACAAGAAGGCUGCUGCGUUCGUGCUGCGUGCGGUUGCCAAACACUCCCCUGAGCUGUCCCAGGCUGUGGUGGCCUGCGGGGGUGUGGACGCUCUGGUGCUCUGCCUGGAGGAGUUUGACCCCGGGGUGAAGGAGGCUGCCACCUGGGCUCUGGGCUACAUCGCACGACACAACGCAUUGCUGUCUCAGUCGGUCGUGGAUGCCGGUGCUGUCCCCCUGCUGGUGCUGUGUCUCCUGGAGCCUGAGAUAGCCCUGAAACGCAUCGCGGCCUCCACCCUCAGCGACAUCUCCAAACACACGCCCGAGUUGGCCCAGACUGUGGUGGACACCGGUGCCAUCGCACACCUGGCGCAGAUGAUCCUCAACCCAGACGCCAAACUCAAGGUGGGGACGGCCUGA